CAUGUCGUCGUCCAUCCGGCAACGGUCGAGGCUACUCGAACGCGAUGAUGAAUUCAUGGAUGAUGUGGUACCCAUUGAUGAUGAUGAUGAUGUUGGGGGGCUACGGCGGAUAUGGCGGAUAUGGCGGAUAUGGCACUGGAUACGGCACUGCCGCGGCUGCGACCACAGCAGCCAUUUCUCCUAUCUCAGCUGUCUCAACUAUGCAGCAAUGCGUAGGACCAUGCGUUAACGGUGCUUGUCCUGCUGGCUACAUAUGUAAUGCGUUUGGUGUAUGUUGCAGAUGAAACAACUCCUUUUGCUUUCGUAAAUUAAAGCAGGCAAUUUGAUGAAUUUUGUGGAAUUGUAGAUAUAAGUUUUUGUGCAACGAGUGCCCUAAAGAGAGCAUAUUUACUCUGACACUGCAAGUGUUUUCAAUAAAUUUGC